UGGUGGUGCUUCUCGCCGAUCACCACAAAACAGAAAACCCUAGAACCAAACCAAUAGUCGAAAUGGCGGCCACCGCGGCCUCGGACCUCUCCGACGGACCAGUCCUCAGCCUCAUCAACAAGCGCAUCCGAGCUUUACGCAAGAAACAAAACCGCAUAAUCCAGAUGGAGGAGGCGCUUUCCCAAGGCAAGGUCCUCAACAAGGAGCAAGAGGAGGUCCUCCGCUCCAAGCCCGCCGUCAUCGUCCUCAUCGAAGAGCUCGAGAAGCUUCGCCAACCUCUCUCCGUCGCCGUCACCGAAGAGCAUGACCUCGCGGUGCACCGCCACCAGGUCUCCGCCUCCACCCAACCACUCUUGGAUGAUAAACCCCAAGAGGAAGACAAGUCCAAUGUCGCCCAGCCCACUGAAUCUGACGACCGUCAAGGUGCCUCCGUCGAGGAGCUUCUGAAUCUACUCUACUUUGGUUCCUUGUUCGAUGUCAAGUCGCCGAGUGACUUCACCCGGAUUAUUCUGACCAGGACCCACGAGAGAGAAUGUUGCUUAACCUACGAUACCAUCACCGACGACGAUACUGAGAUGCUCGGCGCGAGGGACUUGGAUUUGAUUUCGACGCUCGGUGGGUUAUUGAUCUCGCGGCCCGUCGAUUCCAGCUUGUCGCAUAAGAAUGCGUUGCAGCGCUGUAUCGAGCACGCCAAGCUUUGGCUCGCUAAGUCGGACCAACCCAUUGAGCCUAAUGCCAGUGUGACCUAUGCCAGCUUGAGAGAGAGACUUAGUAAGAUUAUGGCUUCGGUCUACUUUACUACUACGCCGGAAAUGAAAGCUCCAGUGGAAGUUGCUGCGGCAGCUGCUGCUGGGAACUAUGCUCCUUUUCAGGUGCAGGUGCAGGUGCCUGUCCAGGUGGAAGGUGAAGUUGCACACUUCCAGCAGAAGGAUGAAGACACAGCAAAUUUUCAAGGAAACGAGACUGGUGAUAACCAAUCCAGUCGCACAGAGGAACUUCAGAAGGAUGAAUUAGAAACAGAAAAUCCUUCUGAGGUUGUCUCUGUUCAACAAGAACAAGCCAAGCUAGAAACAGAAGUAGAGUACAAUCAAAGAGAUGUAGAAUCCGAGCAACAGCAAUUUUCACGCAGGCCAUAUCAAAACCAACGAGGUGGUCGUGGUGGAGGUGGGCGUAGAGUAAACACCAAUGGCCGUGGAGUUCGAGGCAGUGGAAGAGGAGGUGGACCCUACCAGAAUGGCCGCAACCAGUUCUAUGACCAGCCUGGAAAUUAUUAUCCGAGGAACUACUAUAACAAUAGGGGAAGGGGCGGUAGAGGUGGUGGGCCCUCUUACAACCACCAUGGUUCCGCAGCUCAAGAUGGCCAUAACUCAGCCAACGUUGGAGUUGCAUCAUGACAAUACUGUUAGUUUCCAUAGGAUGCUUCUUUACUAGUUUUUAUAAUGGGGGUUGUGGUGGGGGGUGGGGGCGAGGACGUUUUCUGCUUCGCAUGAAAUAUUAUUUGGCUGUGGGUUUUGCUGUUGACGAAUUCACCAUCAAGGACGUCUUUUGGUCUUUUGUAGUUUCAGCUCAUGCAUUUUGUUGUCAAAAACUUUGAAAGAGGUAACAUGUUGCAGUAUUUUUGGGACAUGAUUUGACUUAAUUUAACGCAGGUGCUGGCCUGCCUGAUGAUUAGAUUUC